AUGAGUGGAUACGCACGUCCGCCUCCAAGAAUAGAUGGAAUGAUUUCAUUGAAAGUUGACAAUUUAACGUACCGUACGACACCGGAUGACUUGAGGCGAGUAUUCGAACGUUGCGGUGAAGUGGGUGAUAUUUACAUUCCCCGCGACAGACAUACACGUGAAAGCAGGGGCUUUGCUUUUGUCAGAUUCUAUGACAAACGCGAUGCCGAAGACGCACUAGACGCUAUGGAUGGACGCAUGUUGGAUGGUAGGGAGCUUCGCGUCCAGAUGGCACGUUACGGACGGCCAACAUCACCACAACGACGCGGAAAUCGAUACAAUGGACGUGAAAGAGGACGUUCCCGCGAACGGUAUCGCCGUCGUUCGCGAUCGCGUAGCCCCGAACAUAGGCGUCGUUCUUACUCUCGCUCCAAAUCACGCACACCACGCUCCCGUUCCGGAAGUAAAUCGUCCCGAGGCAAGGAUUCCCGCUCUCGUAGCCCAGCCGAACGUGGGCAUUAUUAG